AACUUUUAAGGAUAAAUACAAUUAUACUCGCCAGUCUUAAAUUCGAGACUAUUUUAUAAGAAACUAGAAAAAAUGAUAUUAAUCUGAUAAACAAUUAGUGAUCUGUUCAAGUUAAUCGGCAGUAUUAGUACGGGCAGUACAGGCAACUGAAAGCCAGAAACAUCUUAAUUUAUCAGAGAGAAAAACGAAUAAGUGCAUACCAUACAUACAUAUUAAAAUGAUUAACUAUAUGAGGAAAUACUGGACAGUUGUGCUCUGCCUAUUUUCGUUUUCACUUUCCUUGAUCAACGGCUCCUUCAUAUUGCCAGAGAAUGACCCUCCCACAACGGCGCCAAAGUUUUUAUCCAGAGGUCACUUGUACAAGGUCAUCGUGGGGGAGACCAUCGAGUUGCCCUGCAAAGUGCAGAACCUCGGCUCCUUUGUGCUCUUGUGGCGGAAGGGGUCUUCUGUGCUCACAGCCGGACAUCUGAAAAUAACAAGGGAUCAGCGCUUUAAGAUAGUGGGCGACUAUAACUUGCAGAUCAAUGGAGUAAAGACUCAAGACGCUGGAGAUUAUAUAUGCCAGCUUGGUGAUCAGGAGAACCGGGACCAAGUUCACACGGUGGAAAUCUUGGUUCCGCCCACACUGAGGGCCCUGCCUCAUAAUGGUCAAGUGACUGCCCGGAAGGGAAGCACCGUCACCCUGGAGUGCAAGGCGUCUGGCAAUCCGGUGCCCACCAUAUUUUGGUUCAAGAAGGAUGUGUUUUCCGGGCCAACACACCUGUCGGACAGCUCUACACUCAUAUUGGAAAACGUGGACAGGCACCACGCAGGCACAUAUCAAUGCUCAGCCGAUAAUGGAGUAAAAGAUCGCGUAUCCAUGGACAUACAACUGACCAUACUCUCUCCCCCUGAAAUAACGGUAGAGAAAUCUUGGGUCCAUGCAUCCGAAGGAUACGAUGUGGAGCUCGUUUGCAUAGUUCACGGAGAUGUAAACUCAGAAAUGCUGUGGUACCAAAACUCCUUUCUACUCGAUGCUACCGAUCGGCGAUCUAUGUAUCCACGAGAUGAUAGGUACAGCCUCAUUAUCCGGAACUUCCAGCCAACGGAUUUUGGCAAUUAUAGCUGUGUGGCGGAUAAUGCUUUGGGGAGAACAAAGAAGUAUAUUGAAGUAUCUGGACGACCCGGUCCGGCCGACUUUAUAUCCCCCGCGUUGAGUGGAUUCUUGGAUCACUACAACUUGACGUGGACAAUUGAGUCCAUACCUCCGCUCGAUGAGAUUAAGUUGUUGUAUCGCCGUUUAUUGAUGAACGAGACCUACCAGCACCCUGGUAAAUGGCACGAGUAUCACAUCAAGCCAACGCCAAUCAGAACGGAUGGAUCCCACUUUCUAAUGUCGUAUCUCGUCAAAAACUUGGAACACAACGCUGUUUAUGAAGCCAUUGUUCAGGCUAAAAAUAAAUACGGAUGGAACGAGAUAAGCGAUAUCCACCAGUUCUACACGAGAAAUCAUGAUCUACUCCUUGAUAUCGACAUGGAAUACAAAAUGGGCAUUUCAAGCAAUAUUCGAAUAUCUCCAACUGUCUCCGGAAUAAUUUUAUCUGUAUUUAUGUUAGUACUCUAUCCCAUCAUUAGUGUUUAAGGAAUAACAAAUAGGGUUUAUUUGCAAAUAUAAUUUAAAUGGUGCCUUACUAAAACUUUAGCAAAUAAUUAAAUUUACAUGUAUGUACAUUAAGAAAUCGUAUUAAAUGUAUUAAAAUCUCAAUAGAAUACUUCUCUCAAUAGAAAAUUAAUGAAUGUACUUCCGCAAUGGCUUAUGUUAAGAAAGAGAUCUUAACUUUUUAUUAUUUUUCAUAAAUAUUAUCAAAAGUAUCGUUUUUUAAAAUGUUCAAGUGAAUAUUUACCAUACCAACAAUUCAUAAUUAAUUUCAUUCUGUUAUUUACCAUUAUUAACCAAAAACAUGUAACAAUAUUUUAGAAGUUAUGAAUACAAUUUUUUGACCAUUUUGAAAUACUUAGGUAUUUCAUCCAAGUCCAAAUAACGUUAAAAGUGUUUUAAAGAAGGAAAUAAAUCUGAAAAAAUUGUUAAGCUCAGCCUCCCGCUAGCCCGAUCCAUGAACUGAGUACCGGAUUAUAUCAUAACUACUCUCAAAAAGAUAUAAUAAAUCAGCCCAAACGAGCAGCUGAUUUUGAUAUGAAAUAAUAGCGGCAUACCGUAGAAGAUGCAAGAGUAGGUCAUUGAUUAGAAUAUACUUAUCUAAAUACGAUCGGCUAAUAAAAAAGAAUAAUAAGUACGAAAACCAAAAGUCGUAUAUUGGCACAAAGGUUAUACAUAUGUACAUAAGCACAAAUACUCGUAGUUUCAAAAGAUCGUCUGAUUGGCAGAGGUAAUAUCUUAAAUCAGAUUAAAACAUAUACCACGUUUAUACGAUGCAUAUCCCGAUAUCCCCCAUGCUGGUUAAACUUUUAUUUUACUUAAUUGUGAGUUGUUAGUUUACUAGCUACCCUCUAAAAUUCACGUCCGAAUUGGGACUUCCUGCAUCGAGGCACAAAAACCAUUUCAGCUGAAAGAAAAAAGGAGUGUAUAAGUUUUUGUAAAUGGACCCUUUAUUGUUCUCUUAUUGUGGGUAGUGGUUAUAUGCAAAACAGAAAAAUAUUCACAGCAUUAUAGAUCACCAUAAAAAUUAAGAGCUGAAAAAUAGCUUAGCAACUUCAUAUGGAAACUUUAACGAAUACAGUAUAUACCCUCCUGUAAUCAUAAAAUACAUAAAUACAUAUUGCAAUAUCGUUCAACGAUUGUAGAAUAAAGAGAACUUAAAAAUUAAAUAUAUAACUUUAAAUAUUUAAGUAAUAAGAACCAUCGGUCUGGAAGAUAUACUUCCUCAGUUACUUAAAUUAGUCUAUGUAGUGGGAUUGUUUAUAUUGGCUAUGAUUCAAUUUACAAACAGAAAAUAUAUUCAUGUAUAAAGCACGUGCAAUAUUGUAUACCAAAAAAUGUUGUUUAAUUUUAAUUAAUUUUUAAAAUGUAUUAUUACGGUAACAUUUCUUCAACUUCAAUACGACCAAUCAUUUUGUUUUGUUAUUAAGUUUGGAUUUGUUCUUCAGUUUUUCUGAAUUAAAAAGAGUUUUCUUAUAUGCUUUCUUUAUUUUAAGAUGAACGUAGCUUGUUUCUUUUUCUAUUCUUUUAAAUUAAUACAUCUUAAACGAAUACUAAAACUCCAUAUUAUUAGAGAAAUCCUUAGAUACAUAAUCAAACAUUAACAUAUUAAUAGAUUUAAUAAAAAAAUUACAAAAAAUAAAACAACUGUAUGAUACAAAAAUUAACUUUUUAAACCUGGAUAUAAUAAAAGUAGUAAUUAUAUUAAUAAUUAUUUUGUAAGUUUAUACGUACAAGUAUGUGCGCAACAUCCGUAAAAUUUGGAUGGUAAUAUGGACAUAAUGAUAAACAUAAAGUAUCUUUUAUUUUAACUAUAAGUGUUCUUAAUCGUAAGAAAUAGAUAAUAUUUCAUUAGUGUUAUAAUUUCGAUAAAAAAAUUACUUUAAACUAAGCGUGUAAGAUCUACCUACUAAUAAUGAAUGGCAUUAUACAUAACAAACUUAAAAAGCACGAAUAAAUCAUUUUACUAGUA